AUGGAGAAUACACCAGAUCAACCAGUAGGCACCAGUAGACGUGCACAACAUUUUCGAUCUGCGUUGAAUCUUGUACAUAAGAAAAGCGCAACUGCAUGGACACUGGAACAAUUUCUUGCGUGUGUGGGAACCUGGGGAGAAGAAAAUCCAGACAAGGCUGCAGCUAUGCGCGAGAAAGCAGAUGAAAUACUUGCCAAAUAUAAGGCGUAUGAAGGUAUCGAUUGUCUAGCAGAGGCGGUCGCAGAAGCGCGUACAGCGACCGUUGUUGAUCAACCCCAGUCAAAUGGGAGACGCCGCUCAUCAGUAUCAGCUAAACAACAAAAGAAGAAGAAGGACACGUGGAGAGCGGAGUUGGCACCGCGAAGUGCUGUUCACGCAGUGACUGUCCCCUUGCUUGAAGCUGAGAAGGAAAGACUGGAGCGCGACCUGGCUGAAGUAGAAAGACUAUGUGAAGAUGCAUUGAACCGUUUCAGAGAUCACCGCGACAAGGCCAUUGAAGCCAAGAUCCAGGUAUCACGAUUGUUGGACGGGGUUGACCGAGCAAAGGACGCAUACGAUACACUGAAUGUCGAGGAGAUGAGCGAGUGGACUAUGAGACAAUUGACCCAUGGACAUGCGUCUCUCAGGGACUACACCUUACUUCCCACAACUUUCGAAGACCAAGCCGCACAGGGUUAUUCUACUUCAGCAUUUGAUUUAGAGGCCAAUCUACAAGGUGACGCGAGAGUCGGACUGGAUGAU